GGCCGGAGUCCCUCGGUGGGGGGAGGUGCUGAGUCACCCUGGAGGGCCCUGAACACAAAGUCCAGUUCCUGCCCCUGUCCACUCUCAACUUCGCAGCCUGCUUCCCGGGCUAGGGGCUGGACCAGCGAUGCUCGUGACCUCUGCCUUGUAGACAGAAAUGAAGUGAGCCCAGGAAGGGUCAGGAAGGAGGAGGGCGGCUCCGCGCAGCCCCAGCCGCUGUCCCUGCGCGGCCUGGCCUGCACCCAGCGCACAGCUGCAAACGCGGGAGAGCAGGAAUGCCGGGCACAUCUUCCUCUAGGAACCUGAAACUGAAAGCCUAACCUCGCCGGGCUGGGGCCACCCGCUGUGGUUUUGGGACUUGUGAUUGGCCAGGAAGCCCCCUGUGAUAAUUGAGGCGGCCUGCGAUUGGCCGGAAGUCCCCUAUGUUAAUGAAGGCGCAGUCUCUAGUGUGGUCUGCGACUCUUUGAGGUCCCUGCCCCCUCCGCCCCGCUCCUCAUGCCUGCCUCCCUUUACCACUACUUGCCGGUGCCCAUGGACGAGGCGUGGAAGGAGAAGGACCGCAGCAGCCUCAGGCUCUGGCUCCAGGGCAGGAGGACAUGGGUGCUGGUGAUCCUGGUGAUCCUGGUGAUCCUGUCCAUGGCAGUGCCCCUGGGCCACUUUGCCGUGCAAGCCAACAGUGAAGCCUGCCAGCACGGCCUCCGAGAAGAGAAGCAGUGGCGCAACACCACCCAGCACCUGCGGGACCAGCUGGCCCGAGCCCAGGAGGCCCUGCUGGACGCCGAUGCCACCUGCAAUAGCACCGUGGAAAACUUGACUGCGUCCCUGAGCCAGAUGAAAACUCUGCAGCAGAAGCAACAGGAGCAAGUGCAGAGCCUGCAGAGAAUGAGAUCAACGCCAUCCGCCAACGUAAUCCCCAAAACGCGGCCAGCAGCAGGGCCAUCUUCAUCGGCCCGGCGUCCGCGACGCUUCUGCUCCUGGUCCCCGCUGCGCUGUGCUUCUGAAGUCCCCGGAGCCCGCCGGCCGCAGCCUGUGCUGAUCGGGUUCCAGCCCCUUUCAGCUUCAAUGUCUCCAAUCCACAGUUCUUCAGGAUGACUGGGCAAUGCGGUUGGGGGCUAAGGGGAGGGACAGUCUGGGAUGGGCAUCAUGGAGGGGAACCAGGUUGUGUCCCUCCUUGGGGGUGGGGUGGGGCCACCUCUUUCUCUUGCUGUCACGUCACAGUUGGGGGUCUCUUUCUUCUGGGGCCCUUCUGCUGUAAAACAAU